AUUGUAGUGAUUCAACGAAUGGUGAAAAUUAUUUCCAAAAAUUUGACCGACGAAAAUUAAUUCUCGAAAGGAAAUUAUUGAAAAUACAUCGUUUGGUCAGACCUCGGACUGUUACGUUUAUGAUUUUUUUGUAAUUUCAGAAAUCAUUAGUUCAAGUCAGAAUCUGCUUCCACAUCAAGCGAUCAUUAUGGAAGAAAUGAAACUUCGUAAAUUCCUACAAAAUGCAAAAAUCCCAGAAGAUCACUCAGAAGUGUACCUAUCAUUAUUCAUACAGAAUAACCUCAAGGAAUCGCACAUGGCCGAUGUAAAAGAAGAACAACUCAAGGAAAUGGGCAUUUGGAAAAUAGCUCACAUCAAUCGCAUAUUGAAAGAAGCUGAAAAGCAAAAACUAAGAGAACGUCUUCAUCAUUUAGAAGAAGAAUUUCAGCGUUUAGGAGAAGCAGUUCAGUCUUUAAGAGAAGAAAUUCAGCAUGUAAAAGAAGCAAUUCGACCCUUAAAAGAAGAAAUUCAGGAUUUAAGAAGAGAUGUAGAUUUAUUGUUAAGAAAUCAAGACUACGUAUUAGCAGUCAUCGCCGGAUAGUGGACCGGAAAUAGAAAAUGAGUAGUUUCCAUGUACGAAGAUUUGACAUAUUAUUGUGAACAGCCAUGGCCAAUCUAAAAAGUUAUUUGACCAAUUCUUAGAAAAUUCGUAAGAGGUGAAAUGUUCAACUUCAUGUAAUCAUACUCCCAGGAAAGGCAAUUUUUAAAAACCGUUGACGACCUGAAAUCAAAAAGCAUUAAAGUAUUCCCUCCUUUGAAGAUUAUACUAAAAUAUUAUAUUACAACGUGACGAGGUAAUAUGUAUAUGUAUACGAUAUUGAAUGUGGAUAAAAUUUUUCUAAUUUAAUGAGCUUGAAUACAUUGUAGAAAUAUUUUUACUGGUGUGGAGAAAAUGAGCAUUAUUAAAAGAUGAAAAUCUAGAAACAGUGUAUAAGAAAUCUACAGGCAAUUCUGGAGAAAUAUGCUCAACUGAUGUAAAAAUUAUUCAUGAGGUGUGUGGAUUUUUUAGUAUAACUUGAUAAUUUGUCAUCGUAAAACGUUGUGUUUUAUUCAAAUGCUUGAUUUUGAUUUUCCUUCUUGUAAUGUAGAUACCUAUGUACUUAAUAACUUACGUAUAUCAUUGUAAUAGAUAGAUAAUCUGUAGCUACUCGUAAAACUUCUAUCUUUAAAUUGUAUAGGUACCUAAUCCUUAAAUUUAUUAAAUUGAACAACUUUUAAACCUGCACUUUUUUUAUUGUUAAAAUUCAAAAAAGAUGAAGUCAACUAUAUGUAUAAUCGAAAAGUAAUGACACAGAUCUUCAUUUUGACUUUAAAAGUCUCAAAAAGUUCAAGAAUUAA